GCAUUUUCUAUGUAAAUUGAUAAAAAAUAACCAAAAAAAAAAUUAUACAAAUGAAAAACCUAUUAAAGAAAGUUGAAAUUAUCAAACCCAUGUAACCAAACAGGUCAGGAAGUCUUCUCACCCAACACCUCCAACCCAAACAAACACGGUUUAAACACGAAGUUACAAAUGAAAAGGGUCUUCUCUAAAAAUCAGCGACUGCUUUUAAAAGUUUUACCUUUUUCAAUUCAUAACUUCCUGCAAAUUUAACUCGUGAAGUCUUCGAUUUCCUCAUCGGUUGGAAUCUACAGGGCUUCCGCUUGUGUUUUCCUUUUGAAACACUUCGUAUUUCGGAAAAUAUAUAUAGUUGACAAUGUUUACGCGGAUUUUCGGAAAGCCAAAGCAAGAGACCAAUGCUCUUGCAACGCUGGACAAGUUGAACGAGACUCUUGAGAUGCUUGAGAAAAAAGAGAAGGUCCUCUUAAAGAAAGCUGCCUCAGAAGUCGAAAAGGCCAAGGAGUUCACUAAAGCUAAAAAUAAAAGAGCUGCAAUACAAUGCUUAAAGAGGAAAAGGCUUUAUGAACAACAAAUUGAACAGCUUGGGAAUUUCCAGUUGCGCAUUCAUGACCAGAUGAUUAUGCUUGAAGGGGCGAAAGCCACAACAGAAACUGUUGAUGCUUUGAGAACUGGAGCAGCUGCCAUGAAAGCUAUGCAGAAGGCAACCAAUAUCGAUGACGUGGACAAGACAAUGGACGAAAUCAACGAGCAGACUGAGAAUAUGAAACAGAUUCAAGAAGCUCUGUCAGCACCAAUUGGUGCUUCAGCUGAUUUUGACGAGGCAUGUUAUAUAGUUUCCAUAUUCUUCUUACUUUUUAUCCUGUUUCCUUUUGGGGGACAAUACUUCUCACUUGUUUUCCUUCAACAGGAUGAACUGGAGGCAGAGCUUGAAGAACUCGAAGGAGCUGAGCUGGAAGAACAGCUUUUGCAACCCGCAACAACGGCUCCUGCUGCCCCUGUUCGUGUUCCUGCGGGAAGGCAGCCAGCAAACAAGGUUGAGGAUGAGGAUGAUGAGCUGGCAGAGUUGCAGAGAGAGAUGGCCCUUUAA